AUGUCUACCGAUAAGAUCACGUUCCUCACCAACUGGCACGCUACGCCUUACCACGCACCGCUCUACCUGGCUCAGGCCAAAGGUUUCUUCAAGGAAGAGGGCAUCAAGGUUGCUCUUCUCGAGCCCAACGACCCUAGCGAUGUCACGGAGAUCAUCGGCACCGGCAAAGUCGACCUUGGUUUCAAGGCCAUGAUUCACACUCUGGCUGCCAAAGCUCGCAACUUCCCCGUGCUGUCCAUUGGCAGCCUGCUUGACGAGCCAUUCACCGGCGUCGUCUACCUGAAGGACUCGGGCAUUACCACCGACUUCCGCUCCCUCAAGGGCAAGCGCAUCGGCUAUGUGGGCGAGUUUGGCAAAAUCCAGAUCGACGAGCUCACCUCGCACUACGGCCUUACUCCCGCCGACUACACCGCUGUCCGCUGCGGCAUGAACGUCUCCAAGGCCAUCAUCAAUGGCGAGAUUGACGCUGGUAUCGGCCUGGAGAACGUCCAGAUGGUCGAGCUCGAGGAGUGGCUGGACAGCCAGGGCCGCCCCAAGUCGGACGUGCAGAUGCUGCGCAUUGACGAGCUCGCUGAGCUCGGCUGCUGCUGCUUCUGCUCGAUCCUGUACAUCGGCAACGAGAGCUUCAUCGCCCAGAACCCGGAGAAGGUCCGCGCCUUCAUGCGAGCCGUCAAGAAGGCGACCGACUUUGUGCUCGCCGACCCGCACACCGCGUGGAAGGAGUACGUCGACUUCAAGCCCGUCAUGGGCACCCAGCUCAACUGGAAGAUCUUUGAGCGCAGCUACGCCUACUUCUCGCAGGACCUCAAGAACGUCAAGCGCGACUGGGACAAGGUCACCAAGUAUGGCCAGCGCCUGCAGGUCCUCAGCCCGGACUUUGUGCCCAACUACACCAACGAGUUCCUCGGCUGGACGCUCGACGCUGACUCGGCCGACCCCACUGGCGACCAGAAGCGCAUGGUCGAGCUGCAGAAGGAUGUCGCCUGCUGUGGUGGCUUCCGCCGUCUGCCCCCGGCCGUCAAGGCUUAG